AUGAGUCAAGAAACGCUUGUGUGCACUCCGAUGAUUACUGCUGUAAAGCUUGCUGAUCAGGAUAGUGAUCUAAUGACUAAUGAUCGAGAGUAUCACAGUGUUGUGGGGGAUCUCUUAUAUGUUUGUCAUGCUAGGCCGGAUAUAGGGUUCGCAGUUAAUAAAGUGGCCCAGUUCAUGUUAUGUGUCAAAGUCUUUUCGGAUACUGACUGGGCUGGUGAUGCUAGUGAUCGCAGGUCCAUGACUGGAUAUUGUGUUUUCCUUGGAUAUUGUUUGGUUGCGUGGAAUUCAAAUAAGCAAAAAAUUGUCUCUCGUUCAAUAAUAGAAGCUGAGUAUAGGAGUGUUGCUGACUCUGCCGUAGAAUUUACUUGGCUUACUGUGUUACUUCGCGGUCUUGGUAUAUCUUUUCAGGAUGAGCCCUUGGUCAGCUUCGAGUUAGCUAUGUACCUGUUGGUUUUCAAGUGGCCAAUGGUCUGA